CCGAGCCGCGGCCGGAGCGGAGCCGGAGAGCGGCGGCGGCGGCGGCGGCGGCACCAUGACCCUGGGCAGCUGCUGCUGCGAGAUCAUGUCCUCCGAGAGCUCCCCGGCCGCGCUGUCCGAGGCCGACGCAGACAUAGACGUGGUGGGCGGCGGCGGCGGCGGCGGCGGCGGCGGGGGGGAGCUCCCUGCCCGCUCCGGGCCCCGCGCCCCCCGGGACGUGCUCCCGCUCGGCCCCGAGCCGCCUCCCGAGGAGGCCGAGGCGGACGCCGCCGAGGACGAGGAGGAGUCCGGCGGCUGCUCGGACGGCGAGCCCCGCGCUCUAGCGCCCCGGGGGGCGGCGGCCGCGGCGGGAAGCCCCGGGCCAGGCGCGGCAGCGGCGGCGGCGGCGGCGGCGGCGGCGGCGGCCCGGGGCGCGGCGGGGCCGGGGCCGGGGCCGGGGCCGCCGUCGGGGGGCGCGGCGGCGCGGAGCCCGCUGGUGAAGCCGCCCUACUCGUACAUCGCGCUCAUCACCAUGGCCAUCCUGCAGAGCCCCAAGAAGCGGCUGACGCUGAGCGAGAUCUGCGAGUUCAUCAGCGGCCGCUUCCCCUACUACCGGGAGAAGUUCCCCGCCUGGCAGAACAGCAUCCGCCACAACCUCUCGCUCAACGACUGCUUCGUCAAGAUCCCCCGCGAGCCGGGCAACCCGGGCAAGGGCAACUACUGGACGCUGGACCCCGAGUCGGCCGACAUGUUCGACAACGGCAGCUUCCUGCGGCGCCGCAAGCGCUUCAAGCGGCAGCCGCUGCCGCCGCCGCACCCGCACCCGCACCCGCACCCGCACCCGGAGCUGCUGCUGCGCGGCGGGGCCGCGGCGGCGGGGGACGCGGGCGCCUUCCUGCCGGGCUUCGCCGCCUACGGCGCCUACGGCUACGGCUACGGCUUGGCGCUCCCGGCCUACGGCGCGCCUCCGCCCGGCCCGGCCCCGCACGCGCACCCGCACCCGCACCCGCACGCGCACCCGCACCCGCACCCGCACGCGCACGCCUUCGCUUUCGCCGCCGCCGCCGCCGCCGCCGCCGCGCCCUGCCAGCUGUCCGUGCCCCCGGGCCGCGCCGCCGCCCCUCCGCCCGGACCCCCGACGGCCUCGGUGUUCGCGGGCGCGGCGUCCGGCCCGGCCCCCGCCCCCGCCCCCGCCCCCGCCCCCGCCCCGGGCGCAGCGUCCGGCCCCGGGCCCGCGGGCCUGCCCGCCUUCCUGGGCGCCGAGCUGGGCUGCGCCAAGGCCUUCUACCCCGCGUCGCUGAGCCCCCCCGCGGCCGGCACCGCCGCCGGCCUGCCCGCCGCCCUCCUGCGCCAGGGCCUCAAGACGGACGCGGGCGGCGGGGCGGGCGGCGGGGGCGCGGGGGCCGGCCAGAGGCCCUCCUUCUCCAUAGACCACAUCAUGGGCCACGGCGGCGGCGGCGGCGGCGGCGGCGGCGGCGGCGGCGGCGCGGCCCCCCCGGGCGGGGGCGAGGGCUCCCCGGGGUCGCCUUUCGCGGCGCCGGCGGGCCCCGGGGGGCAAGCGCAGGUCCUGGCCAUGCUGACUGCCCCGGCCCUGGCCCCGGUGGCCGGCCACCUCCGCCUCUCGCACCCCGGGGACGCGCUCCUGUCCUCGGGGCCCCCGUUCGCCAGCAAAGUCGCCGGCCUCAGCGGCUGCCACUUCUGACCGCGUCGAGCCCAGGCCCGGCGAGGCCCGCGCGCCCGCCUCCGCCUCCGCCUCCGCCUCCCCGGGCGCCCGGCGGCCCCAGCGGAACUCAGGGAGUCUAUUUAUGAGGAGUCUCCAGACCUUGGGCCCGCGCGGUGACUUGGCACUUCGGGCUCCGGAGCUUGCUUGGGCCGCCGCGGGCUCCGUGGCGCAGGGAGAGGCCCGGGCCUACGCGAGGCAGCCGCCGGC